AUGAGUAAUAGCUCAGACUUAACACAAGAGAUUUAAGAAAAUUAAAUUCACUAAGCUUUAAGAACUUGCGAUAUCGCCGAAGUCAAAAAAGCUAUCCAUUUAUAGAAAAACAGAAUUAAUGAGAAAGAUGGAAAGUUAGGUUGGUCUCCUUUGUACAAAGCUGUUUUAUAAGGAGACAACUAGAUAGUAGAAUUUUUAUUAUAAAAUGGAGCAGAUCCAAAUAUUAAAAAUAAACUUGAAGAUACUCCUCUCCACUUAUGCAUUGAAAAUAAUUACUUUGAGAUUUUUUCAAAUCUACUUAAAUACAAAGCUGAUCCUAAUAUAAGAGGACCAGAAGGAAUGUCUCCUCUUCAUAUUGCUUGCUUUCUUUAAAAAGAAUAAUUUAUACUUAAACUGCUUGCUUUUGGUGCUGACAUCGAUAUUAAAACAUCUAAUGGAAUAACUCCUCUCCAUAUCACCGCAGAAUCAAACAACCCUAGAAUAAUUAAAAUAUUGUUAGACAGAAACCCUAAAAUAAAUUCUAUGGAUAAAGAUGGUAAAACCGCUAUCGAUUAUUGCACUGAUAAAAAUUGUAGAGAGAUUCUAGAAGAAUAUGAAAGUAAUUGCAUGAAUCCAUUAAAUGAAUCAAUCAUUAGCUGCCAAAGUGAAGUUAGCUAAAAUAAAAAAGUAGAUACAAGUAACAUAAGCACAUUUAGCAACAAGUCGAAAAAAAUAAACUUAAUUAACACCUCUCAACUUCGUUAAAAUUGGGAUUUAAAGAUUUAAGGCCUUAAACAAAACAUCGAUGAAAUAAAAGACAUAAAGAUAGAAGUUAGUAAAACUCUAGAAGAACAAAAAAUAAAACAAACUCAACGCAACAAGGUUCUUUCUGAGAUAAAAAAUAAAAAACAUUAACAAUAAUACUAAAAUUACGACUUAAAUGACAAAGAAAAUUGCUCUUCCAUAAUUAAUUUCAUGGUUAAUGAUAACACUUAAUAAAUUUAUCUUGAUGUUGAUAAUAAUAUUUAAAAUUAAAAGCCUUUCUAUUCUUCUAACUACGAACUGCCUUCUAUUUAGGUAAGUACAGACUUGGAAAAAGAUUAAAAUCAAUAAAAAUAUACAAAUUAUUAAAAUGACUUAAAAGCUCAAUACAAUUAAACAUAAGAUGAUCAAUACCUAGAUUAUUCUAAUGAAAAUGCAAUUAAGUAUUAAAUCAAAGAAAAUAAAACUAUUAGUAUGUGGUUGAGGGAAAUCAAUUUAGAGUGUUUGUUGUAGAAUUUCUUAGAUAACAAUGUCUAUGAUAACUAAUCUUUACUUAAAUUUUUGAAUAAUUCAAAUAAUUGGGAUAAACUCUUGGUUACCCUCUUUGGAGUAGAUAAAUUUGGUCAUCGUCUACGUAUCAUAACGAAACUUCAUGAAGAUUGUGGAGUAGAAAAAAGAAGUGGAAUUUUUAGUCUUAAAUAUAAUUUAGGAGGUAUAGAGCUACCUACAAUUUAAGCAUGGCUAUAAUCUUUAAAUUUAGAUUUAUACAUAGAUUUAUUCUUGUUAUCUGGUUUUGAUGAUUUAGAGAGCAUGAUGUUCUAAAUGACAACUAGUAACCCUAUAACAGACAAUAUGUUAUUUAAGGAAGUUGGUAUCUGUGAUCAUAACUCUAGGAAAAAAAUUUUAGACUCUUUAAGCAGAGAUUCUCAUAAUGCCUAAAUGGUUGCAGUGCCAAAAGGAUUUUGUGGUGGAUUUAAUUUUGAAACGAGUUCUAAUCCAAAUAAAUGCGAAAAUAAAUGUUCUAUAUUUUGA